AUGAGAAAAGCUUUGGCUGCCCGCUAUUUGGAACACCUGACUGGCGAUGACGUCAUCGAUCUGGAUGAACUCAUUGGUGCUGAUGACGAUGAGGAUUUCAUAUCUGCAUCGCUCCAGAAUGCCAUCCAGGAAAUUAGCAGUGGAGGCUCGACUGCCGGCAAGCAGAUGCGGGCUUUGAAGGCUCACGUGCAAGAUUCGGCUCAACCCUAUGGCCAUCACAGCAUGACCAAGCGGCUGGGCCAGAUGUCUGGGAAAAACAAUUCCCGGGAUUGGUGGAGAAUGAUGAAGGAUGGCCCAGCAAUUGAACAGAUCUUGCUCCCCAUCAAAUAUACAGACCUGGACGACGGUAUUGACAAAUUUAAGUUGGAGACCUGGCCUGUCAUGGACCCGCAUUCGAUAGCACACUUCUUGUUUGAGCACGCUGGACUCCAGAUUCCAGCGGCAAGCUUGAGGGACUACUGGGAAUUUCAUUCCCAGCACGGUGAGCACUGGGCACAAGGGGUGCCCUUUGAUGCAAUGCCAAUUGGUGUGUAUGGUGACGGCGCUCGUGUCAACACAAAGUUUGGCAGCACGAACUUGGUUGGGAUCUACUUCAACUUCCCGUUGUGGAAACCAGGUUCGGUGAGAGCAUCUCGCUUCCUUGUGACGGUGAUUCCAGAAGAGAAGCUCUGGCGACACUACACUCUCAACUGCAUUCUACGACGUUUGACCUGGAGUGUCAACUGCUUGCAAGAAGGGCAUCAUCCAGAACGCGGGCCUGGAAACCAACUGCUGCCGAAGCACCUUGAAAUGCUUGCGGGAAGACCUUUCAAGUUCAAGUGCGUGUUGACAGAGAUCCGGGGAGACUGGCAGUAG